AUGGCUGGGGUCAUUGAUGAAGCCAAACGAGUGGUGGUUGUGUCAGCCAAGUUUACUGCGUCAUCAGUAAAUGUGUACAACAUCACAGCAAGUGACCCCCCUGACGUAGACAGCAGUGUAUUGACAUUUGCUAGGACGUGUUCUGCGUGGCCCUUUACUUUACAACCAGGUUAUAUUUUGAAUGUGACUUUAGCUGCAUCACUGGAUUACGAAACUGUUUCCGGGUACAACUUAACUGUUAUCGUCAAUGAUGGGACCGAGGGUUCGGACAGUGUUCUCCUGCAGAUAAAUGUCGAAGACGUUUCGGAGCCGCCUGGUAUCUCGUCCGGGCAACACAAUACUACUGUCACAGAAAAUGGUAAUGGAACGCUGGUAUUUGAUGGUUUUUCCAUGACUGAUGAGGACGCAGGUGACACACUUUCAAUUUCGAUCGUGUCCGGUAAUGCUGACAACUCCUUGACCAUGUCUUCGUCCGGUAUUGUAUACUUCAACGUGGACUACGUACGGCGUGGACGUGCCCGCAUACAGGCGACAGAUUCAACAAUGUUGACAGCAACCACAGUAUUGACGAUCACGAUAGAGGACGCCAAUGAUAAUACGCCAGUACUCAGUUCAAAUCUAUACGUGAAAGGUGCAAAUGAAACUGUUCAAAUGGGUUCAACACUUUUCACCGUCAUCUGUUCCGACGCUGACAGUGGAAUACACAGUGAAGUUGAAUUCGGGAUAAUUCCUUCUAGUUCAAUGCCUGAUUUAGUCACAAUUUCACAGACAGGGGAGGUAAUCCUUAAGCAAUCAUUGAUUGCCUAA